UUUCACCCGCGCAGAAGCAACAGGAUGACGUCGCGGCUCCACCACGCCAUCCCUCUCCAAUCCUUCCCUCGCCGGGCUCCAUCGUCCUCUUCUCCUCCUCGGACUCGUCUGCGUCUUCCGCAGCCGUUCGUUCCUCAUCGUCGCCGCGCCACCACAAUCCUCCUCAUCCCAUGGCGCCCCCCCGUGACGUGGAUGGGGAGGAGGAGGAGGAGGAGGACCGCCCCUGUCAGCUGCACGGUGGCCGAGCGAGAUGGCGAAGACGGCACCGGACGAGGGGGAACAGCAAAAUCGGCAGCAGAAGCAGCUGCAAGAUGGGCGUCGUUGAUCCCCCGCGGUGUCGGCGUCGCCCCCGAGAGGAUUCUCAGGCUCAUUUCUGGGGCCACUUCUAGCCCCAUCGGCCAGUUCAUCGAGUCCCCCCGCACCUUCCUCCACUCCGUUGAUCCCCGUAUCAAAUUGGUGUGGCUGUUGGUUCUCGUUGUCUUACCAGCAAGAUCACAUAUCUACAUGCGCCUUGGUUUGGUUUUGUACAUCACCCUACUGUCAAUUUGCAUCCUUCCAUCUCGUAUUUGGACGGAUCAAUUGGGCAGAGUGGCCUUGCUAUCAGGAAUUUUAUUUGUCAUGUUGGGAUUUGGUUCUGACAGUGUGCCCUCACUUGUCCAGUUGAGAACUCCUCCCCCAUCAAUCACAGGAUUGUCAAAUGUUCCAUCAUCAUUGAGUGGUUAUUCAUAUAUUAUCACGAAGCUAGGUCCACUGCAAUUGACAAGGAAAGGCCUGUCAGUGGCUAGUACAUCUGCUUGUUUAUCCUUUACUAUCUUCCAAAGUGCUAGUCUAUGUCUGACAACAACACCACCCGAGCAACUUGCAUCUGCACUGCGAUGGUUUAUGGUUCCCUUGGCUCUAGUUGGUGUUCCUGUGUCUGAGAUAAUACUUACUCUACUGCUUUCUUUGAGAUUCAUCAGUCUUGUCUUCGAUGAGGUACGAAAUACUGCACUAGGCGUUAUUGCACGCCGGAUAAGCUGGCAUCAAUUAACACUAAUGGAAACAUUCGAUGUUUUCUUUUUGUACAUCCGCCGGAUCUUCAAAAAUAUAUUUAACCAUGCUGAGCAAAUUUCCAAGGCGAUGAUCGCUAGAGGUUUCUGUGGUGACAGCAACAUGCACAAGAUCUACCUCGUCACUGAUUUCUCACUUGGCUUUGUAGAUUUUGUCUCCAUUCUUUCUCUUCUCAGUCUAAUCGGUGCUGCGGUCCUGUCCGAACAGCUCCUAGUUUAAUGUAUGGUUUUUGGUGUAGAGAGGAUAAUCUAUAUCCAGCAGGCCUCACGAAGUUUCCAACAUCGACGACUGAAACAUGCAUGUUACAUCGUCAUCAGGGAUGCAGGUAUGAAAUGAUACAAGAUGAUGAUGCAUAAUAAUUGGACGAAUUAAUACGGAAGACAAUCGGUCUCAUAGUCCAAGAAAGCAUGAGUUACUCUGGUGAUACUUGCAAAUCGUCCUGGCAUGAGUUGUGUAAUCUACAGAGUUGCUGCUGUGGAAGGCCUAAUGCUUGUAGAUUAGGGCAUAGGGAUGCACAAUGGGUUCGAGGACAUUAAGGUUUUAGUUGUGUCAUCUCAAGCUCUUAUGAUCUGAUGAAUGAAUUGACAACGACAUAGGGAAGAUAGAUGAUGAACUCCCUCGUUUGUCCCUUGUUAUUUUUUUAAAUUUAUUAUUAAACUGCAAGGAAUUUCUUUGGCCAAAAUUAACUUGGCAAAAACAAUUUGUUCAACUUCUAUGAAAUUUCAUGAAUAUCAUGAUGCACAAAA